AUGGCGGUGCUGGGGGCGCCGCGGGGCCUGGUGGCCGCCGCCUCCCGCAAGCGGCGGCUGCUGCUCGCCCUGGCCCUGCUGCGGCCGCCGGCCGCCGCCGCCGCCUCCUGCGCCGCCGGGACGAUAGCGGGGACCGGGCGGCGGGCCCGCAGCGCGCCGGCGGGCGGACAGAUCCCACCCAUUUGCAGGCAAAGAUCGUGGCAGGGCCUGGCAGGGGAUUACUCAAGGCCAUUUCUGGAGCCUUCAGAGAUCCUGCCCAGGUGGCGACUGCUAGAGAAGAGGAUGUGUUGGCACGGCCAUGCAGGUGGAGGGCUUCACACAGACCCAAAGGAAGGGCUGCGGGAGAUCGACGCCGGGAAGAUCGUGCGGGCGAUGCUGUCGUACGUGUGGCCGCGGGACAGGCCGGACCUGCGCGCCAGGGUCGUGCUGUCCCUGGGCUUCCUGGCCAGUGCCAAGGCCAUGAAUAUCCUGGUUCCCUUCAUGUUUAAGUAUGCAGUGGACAGCCUGAACCAGGUGUCUGGGGACGUGCUCAACCUCGGCGAUGCCCCCAGCACGGUGGCGACCCUGGCGACCGCUGUUCUCGUGGGCUAUGGUAUCUCAAGAGCGGGGGCAGCAUUAUUUAAUGAAGCAAGAAAUGCAGUAUUUGGGAAAGUAGCUCAAAAUUCCAUCAGGAGGAUCGCCAGGAACGUUUUCCUGCACCUUCACAACCUGGACUUGGCCUUCCAUCUGAGCAGGCAAACAGGAGCUCUGUCAAAAACCAUCGACAGAGGCACGAGGGGCAUCAGCUUUGUCCUCAGUGCUUUAGUGUUCAAUCUGGGACCUACAAUGUUUGAAGUGGCUCUGGUCAGUGGGAUUCUGUACUACAAAUGCGGUGCCGAGUUCGCUUUGGUCACCCUGGGCACUCUGGGAGCCUACGCCGCGUUCACCAUCGGGGUUACCCAGUGGAGGACCAAGUUCCGCAUAGAGAUGAACAAGGCCGAUAACGACGCUGGCAACGCUGCCAUCGACUCGCUGCUCAACUAUGAGACUGUGAAGUAUUUCAAUAAUGAAAAAUACGAAGCCCAACGGUAUGAUGAGUUCCUGAAGACCUAUGAAAAUGCCUCCCUGAAGACUACCUCCACUUUAGCUCUCCUCAACUUCGGACAGAGCGCUAUAUUCAGUGUUGGCUUAACAGCCAUCAUGGUGCUUGCCAGCCAGGGCAUUGUUGCAGGCAGCCUUUCUGUUGGAGAUCUAGUAAUGGUGAAUGGAUUGCUGUUCCAGCUUUCUCUUCCCCUAAACUUCCUGGGAACAGUAUACAGAGAGACAAGACAAGCACUUAUAGAUAUGAAUACCUUGUUUACACUUCUCAGUGUAGAUACCAAAAUUAAAGACAAAGAGCUGGCUCCCCCCCUGCAGAUCACCCCCCAGACUGCUGCCAUCGCCUUUGAUAAUGUGCAUUUCGAGUACCUUGAGGGGCAGAAAGUCCUUUCUGGAGUGUCCUUUGAAGUCCCUGCAGGAAAGAAAGUGGCCAUUGUAGGAGGUAGUGGGUCAGGGAAAAGCACAAUUGUGAGGUUAUUAUUUCGCUUCUAUGAACCUCAGAAAGGAAAUAUUUAUGUUGCUGGACAGAACAUCCAAGAUGUCAGUUUGGAAAGUCUGAGAAAGGCAAUUGGAGUUGUACCCCAGGAUGCCGUUCUCUUCCACAACACCAUCUACUACAACCUGCUGUACGGCAACACCGGGGCCAGCCCCGAGGAGGUGUAUGCAGUGGCCAGGCUGGCAGGGAUCCACGAUGCCAUCCUCAGGAUGCCCAAUGGAUACAACACCCAGGUCGGGGAGCGGGGCCUCAAACUCUCAGGUGGAGAAAAGCAAAGAGUUGCAAUUGCUAGAGCAAUGUUAAAGGAUCCAUAUAUUUUUCUCUAUGAUGAAGCCACAUCAUCUCUAGAUUCAAUUACAGAAGAGAACAUUCUCAAAGCCAUGAGGGACAUGGUGAAGCACCGGACAUCGAUUUUCAUUGCUCACAGGUUGUCCACGGUGGUGGAUGCGGACGAGAUCAUCGUGCUGGAUCAGGGGAAGGUGGUGGAACGGGGCACUCAUACGGAGCUCCUGGCGAGUCCCGGCAAUCUGUACUCUGAGAUGUGGCACACGCAGAGCAGCAAAGUGCUCCACAGCCACAACCACCCCAGCUGGCAGCAGAGGAAUCACCAGACAUCCAAAGAGGAGGAGAGGAAGAAGCUGGAAGAAGAAAUUCUGAAUAGUGUGAAAGGCUGCGGGAACUGUUCGUGCUGAGAACGAUCCUGGAUCAGUCGCGUAUGGCAGGUUAAAAAUGCACAAGAAUGCAGUGAAAUGCAGCUCUUGUUUUUAAGUCAGCAUUCAAAAACUUCUGGGGUUUGCAGUUUUGGGGUUUUACAGUUUCACAGAGGGACAUAAUUUCAACCAAAGGAGUUCUAUUUUUGCAUCUUUAGAAACCUGUAAUAUUCAGUGGCAUCUGCAAGAGCUGGGCUUUUCGAAAACUUUAAACUUCCCAACUAAGAGUGUAAUUUAUGGCAAUUUUUAGGUAUUGGUAAAUUCUCCUGGUAGUCACUUGAUGUGGACUAUUAAAUUGUAAACAGAUUUGCCCUUGAUUUACAUUAUUUCUCAUCAUUAAUGGUUGAUAGAUAUGACAUAUUUUAAUUGUAAUUGGGCUAAUUUGAACUCAUUUGCUAGUGAGGAAGAUGCCAUUUAAAUUCUUCAGUGGUGUUCUGGUUUAAAAUGUUCUUCCUCAUAAAGAAUAAGAAAAGCCUCAACAAAAUAUUAGAGGCUUCUAGUAGCAAACUAAAUAUUGAAAUUAUCCAUCUCACCCUUCAGAAGCACCUUUUGUACUGCACUAUCAGGAAAUAAAUUGGUAUCAUUCUAAAGGAAAACUAAUAGUAUUUUUAAGUGAAAAAUGAAAAAAAAAUCUGAGUUUCGGAUUCUGUAUCCUCAGCAUCUGCUGUGGCAGUCGAGGCAGAAUGCAGUCGCUCUUUCUAGUUCAGUCACGGUCUUAGGGAGCAAUUAAGAUUCAAUAAAGACUUCCAUAAAUUUC